AUGUCGGCUCCAGAGUUAACUGAUAUCCGCGCACCAAUCAACUUGGACAACCUCAGCAAAUACUUGGCCAACGUUUCCUCCUCGUCACCACAAACCCAUAUUGGAUCAGUUGCCGAAAUCCCCCGUGUGUUCACCACUGCCAAACAGUUCACAUUUGGUCAAUCCAACCCGACUUACUUCUUUGAAGAUUCCAAUGGUCGCAAGUUUGUCUUGCGGAGAAAACCGAGUCCUAAUGCUAAAUUGAUUUCCAAACUGGCCCAUGCUGUUGAACGUGAGUUUUUCAUCUUGAAUGGUAUAAAUACCCUCAAUAAGGACCUGGAUUUGAAAGUGCCUGUGCCUCGUGUCCAUUUGCUAUGUGAGGAUGAAGGCGUUAUUGGAUACGUGUUCUACAUUAUGGAUUAUGUCAACGGGAUCCAAAUUAAGAACCCGGAAAUCCCUGGCGCAUCUUUUGAGGAAAGGGAUGAGUAUUGGAAAAGUAUAAUCUCGACAAUUGCUGCUAUACACUCGUUGGAUUGUGAGAAAUUGAUCAAGUUGUUGCCACCGCAACAUUUCCCUCAAUUUCAAAAUAUCGACAAAUUAAAACUGUCGAGUUAUUUCCAACGACAAAUCAAGACAUUAUCGGGAAUCCACAAGCUACAAUCAAAGCAUGUUGAUCCGAUCCCCCAUUUCGACAAGAUCACAUCGUGGAUCUUGAAACACGCACCAAAAGACCCGGCCAAAUUGACUUUGAUCCAUGGUGAUUUGAAAAUUGACAAUUUGUUGUUUGACCCAAAAACUAAAAAAGUGUGUGGGGUCUUGGAUUGGGAAUUGUGUACUAUUGGCCAUCCAUUGUUUGACUUGUCGAAUUUCUUGCAACCCUUUGAGUUCCCACAAGCGUUGAACAGUAUGAUGGUGAAGCAAACCGAGAUGGGUAAAGAAAAUCCAGAGUCGCAAGAAUUCUUGUAUCGGCAAUUGCGCAACUACUCGAAAUAUGUGACUUGGGAUCCUAAUGACCCAAGUAAUGAUCCAACAAAGUUGUGGAUCUUGGGACAUGUGUUUGGAUUGUUGAGAUUGUGUGUUAUUUCUCAGGGAAUUGCCAUGAGAGUCAAGAUGGGUAAUGCAUCCAGUGCUAAUGCUGCUGCUUUUGCUGGAAUGUAUCCUGUUCUUGCAGACAUGGCAGUUGAAUAUAUCGAUGCUAAGAAGUAG